CAAGUAGUUUCUCAUGAGCAGCAAUAAUGCGUUUUUGUUUCGAACCAAUCAAUUCACUUGUGCCCCAAAAAGAGAAGAACGCGACAGUUUCACAUUUAAAAAACCUCAACCUGUCAAAUGACAUUGAUAGUGAGAGAAGACUGCAUGAAUAGAAAAAACUCUCACACAAACAACAGAAAUAAGCGUCCAACUUGGUUUUCUCCUCUUUCACUUGUUCAUAUCAUCUUCUAUACACCAUGUCCAACUACACAGUCUUGUCUGCACGAAUAUUACACGACGAACUCAAGCAACAGCAGGAGCAACAUGACGAACAACAGCAACAAGUGCUACCUCGUCCCACUGCUGCUGCUGCUGCUGCUGCUACUACUACUAAAGACCGUAGUCAGCAUCAGUCUGAACAGAACUCUGGCGGCUUUACGCAUCAUUCUGAAUACUGUGUCUAUAUGUAUAGGUCGAGGGUCCGGAGUAGGAUGUGAUUGUGGUCGUGUAUGUCAUUGUGCCGAUGUGCGCAAGACAACAUGCCACUGUGGCCACGGAUGCUAUAACUCUUGGGAUCGAUGUAUGCUUGGCUGAUAUAGCCAGUAGUAGUAAUCAUUUCCUCCAUAAAAAAAACCCCCCACCACGAUAUCUCUUUGUUUUUCUGGUUGACAGUUGACACACAAAGAAAGUAAAAAAAAGGCAUAUUUUUUUUAUUAUCUUUUUUUUCAUUUUAUAUUUGAAAAAGAGAGAGAACAAAAAAGUCCUGGUCCUUUUACUUUCGCUGCUUGAGAGCAAGGAAGUCAGUGUGCUCUUGGAAGGGAGCCUUGGUGAACUCAGUCUCUUCCCACAGAUCUAUAGAUUUCUUGUCAGUCCCCUUUUUCCCAUUCUCAU